GGGAGGUGGCCGCGGGCACAGUAAUGGCAGCGCUGUGAGCAGGGGAACGCGAGUGACAGCCACCGCCGCCCACCCUCUUCGCCGGGGCUUCGUCUUUCAUUCCUUCAGGCUGCCUCCCCUCCCCUGUCCCCUGUCCCUUGUCCCGCUUCUGCAGAAGAGCGCUGUCUCCUAAGCCCUGCCACCCUCCCUGGACUGGAUUCUGGGCCUCCCCAACCUGGCUUUGGCCGCCCCUCCCUCGGCCCCAUUUUCCUCCGAAGGAAGGAAGGAGAGAAAAGUCAUGUGAAGGAGACAUUGCCAACUUUUUGUUAUACAAUUACACAGUAGUCCCAACCCUGAAGAAAUACUCAGAUAAUUACAGUAGAGAUUUCAACACUAAACUUGCACAAUGUCUUUGAAACCAAGAGUAGUAGAUUUUGAUGAAACAUGGAACAAACUUUUAACGACAAUCAAAGCUGUUGUCAUGUUGGAAUACGUCGAAAGAGCAACAUGGAAUGAUCGCUUCUCAGAUAUCUAUGCUUUAUGUGUGGCCUAUCCUGAACCCCUUGGAGAAAGACUUUAUACAGAAACUAAGAUUUUUUUGGAAAAUCAUGUACGACAUUUACACAAGAGGGUUCUGGAGUCUGAAGAGCAAGUACUUGUUAUGUAUCAUAGGUAUUGGGAGGAAUAUAGCAAGGGAGCAGACUAUAUGGACUGCUUGUAUAGGUAUCUAAACACCCAGUUUAUUAAAAAAAAUAAAUUGACAGAAGCUGACCUUCAGUAUGGCUAUGGUGGUGUAGAUAUGAAUGAACCACUUAUGGAGAUAGGAGAGCUAGCAUUGGAUAUGUGGAGGAAAUUAAUGGUUGAACCGCUUCAGAUCAUCCUUAUCCGAAUGCUGCUUCGAGAAAUCAAAAAUGAUCGUGGUGGAGAAGACCCAAACCAGAAAGUAAUCCAUGGGGUUAUUAACUCCUUUGUUCAUGUUGAACAGUAUAAGAAAAAAUUCCCCUUGAAGUUUUAUCAGGAAAUCUUUGAGUCCCCCUUUCUGACUGAAACAGGAGAGUAUUACAAACAAGAAGCUUCAAAUUUAUUACAAGAAUCAAACUGCUCACAGUAUAUGGAAAAGGUUCUAGGUAGAUUAAAAGAUGAAGAAAUUCGAUGUCGAAAAUACUUGCACCCAAGUUCAUAUACUAAAGUGAUUCAUGAAUGUCAGCAACGAAUGGUAGCAGACCACUUACAGUUCUUACAUGCAGAAUGUCAUAAUAUCAUUCGACAAGAGAAAAAAAAUGACAUGGCAAAUAUGUAUGUCUUACUCCGUGCUGUGUCCACUGGUUUACCUCAUAUGAUACAGGAGCUACAAAAUCAUGUUCAUGAUGAGGGCCUCAGAGCAACCAGUAAUCUUACUCAGGAAAAUAUGCCAACACUAUUUGUGGAGUCAGUUUUGGAAGUACAUGGUAAAUUUGUUCAACUUAUCAACACUGUUUUGAAUGGUGAUCAGCACUUUAUGAGUGCAUUGGAUAAGGCUCUUACAUCAGUUGUAAAUUAUAGAGAACCCAAGUCUGUUUGCAGAGCUCCCGAAUUGCUUGCUAAGUACUGUGACAACUUACUAAAGAAAUCAGCGAAAGGGAUGACUGAGAAUGAAGUGGAAGACAAACUCACCAGCUUCAUUACUGUUUUCAAAUAUAUCGAUGAUAAGGAUGUUUUUCAAAAGUUCUAUGCAAGAAUGCUGGCAAAGCGUUUAAUUCACGGAUUAUCUAUGUCUAUGGAUUCUGAAGAAGCCAUGAUCAAUAAAUUAAAGCAAGCGUGUGGUUAUGAGUUUACCAGCAAGCUACAUCGGAUGUAUACAGAUAUGAGUGUCAGUGCUGAUCUCAACAAUAAGUUCAACAAUUUUAUCAAAAAUCAAGACACAGUAAUAGAUUUGGGAAUUAGUUUUCAAAUAUAUGUUCUACAGGCUGGCGCUUGGCCACUUACUCAGGCUCCUUCAUCUACAUUUGCGAUUCCCCAGGAAUUGGAAAAAAGUGUACAGAUGUUUGAAUUAUUUUACAGCCAGCAUUUCAGUGGAAGGAAACUUACCUGGUUACAUUAUCUCUGCACAGGUGAAGUUAAAAUGAACUAUUUGGGCAAACCAUAUGUAGCCAUGGUUACAACAUACCAAAUGGCAGUUCUUCUAGCUUUUAACAACAGUGAAAUUGUCAGCUAUAAAGAGCUUCAAGACAGCACUCAGAUGAAUGAAAAGGAACUGACAAAAACAAUCAAAUCAUUACUUGAUGUGAAAAUGAUUAACCAUGAUUCAGAAAAGGAAGAUAUCGAUGCAGAAUCUUCAUUUUCAUUAAAUAUGAACUUCAGCAGUAAAAGAACAAAAUUUAAAAUUACUACAUCAAUGCAGAAAGAUACACCACAGGAAAUGGAACAGACAAGAAGUGCUGUGGAUGAAGACCGGAAAAUGUAUCUCCAAGCUGCUAUAGUUCGUAUCAUGAAAGCACGAAAAGUACUUCGGCAUAAUGCCCUUAUUCAAGAGGUGAUUAGCCAGUCAAGAGCUAGGUUCAACCCUAGUAUCAGCAUGAUUAAGAAGUGUAUUGAAGUGCUGAUAGACAAACAGUACAUUGAACGCAGCCAGGCUUCAGCAGAUGAAUACAGUUACGUAGCGUGAUAUUGCCAUCCUCCUGUGAGGGUGUGAGAAGAUCGUUGCCAUCACCAUUUGGUGUGUUCCUGUGGGAAAAAAAGCAGGCCUAUGCCUCCAUAAUUUGGUCAUUCGGCAGCCCCUGUUUUCCUGCUGUUUACAACAUCACCAGUGCCACGUCAUGAGCAUCAGAGAAAAUGCCUAGAGAUAUUUCAAGCUCAUGUCAUUAUGACAUUUCUUAAAACUUUAUUAAAGAAUGAGUGAAGUAUUGCUGAAAUGUGGAAAUUUGGUUGGAUACCAUGCUUUUUCUCCCCUUCACGUUUGCAGUUGAUGUGUUUUUUUUUUAAUGUAUCUUAAAGGACAUAAAAUAAAAAAACUUAAAUAUUGUAAUAUGACAGAUAACCUAAUAAUUGUAUCUACAUUAAAUGACAAACAUGAUAUUGCUGCUUGUCGAAUAAAAAAAUAAAGAAAUAGAA